AUGGGCUGGAUAAGCGUAGGAGCUCUCCUCGCAGCAAUAUCAUACAUCCUCUAUCGACAUCUUCCCAAUCCAGAGACCUCUCCCUCUCUCCCCACUCCCUCGGACUCCAAAUCCGACUCUCCGCCCGCCUCGCCCGACAAACUUCAGCCGAACAACGAAAACCCCGCGACCCCACCACCUGAGAAGAUCCAAAGGGUCAGCCCCCAAAAUACUCCAAAGGCAUUAGAAUCGAACCCCCCGCCACCGAUACUCGCAGUACCCACGCUCAAUCUCGAAGAAGCCAUCGAGACACCCCCUGUCGCAAGCAGACCAGCAGAACAGAGCAUGAAUGGCUCAACACCACAGGUAGCGUCGACAUCGACAAGUCGCAAUGAAUCCACACGAGACUCCAAGCCAGGAGUAUUGACCUCCCAAUCCACAUCGUCGCUAUCACCAUCAUCCACAGCUCCAAAACCUUCGUCCCUCAUGCCUCCACCGCCACCCCCAAUCUCACGCCUUCAACCAAACCCACAGCCAAACCGAGCCUCCCCAGGAGGAGGCCUCGCACCACCGCGCGUUAGCAGUUCCCCCCGUACACCACUUUCAUCAGCUGCAUCCGCGCGCCUCGCUCCAAGCAGCAGUACAGGCCUCAGCACCAGCACCCUAGCGCCAACACCACAAAUACCACUCUCCCUAAAGAAAUCCUCUGCAUCAAAGCGAGUCAUCCUCGAACCAGGCUACUCACCCCUUGAUUGGGCUGCACUCGCUGGAAACCCAAAGAGCCAACUACGUGGUGUAGGUCUCCCGCCAGGUCUCCUGCGCGUGACGCCAUCCAUGCUAAAAACGCAGAAUGGGCGCAAGGGUCGAGACGCCUGGACCUCGUACCAGGGCAAAGUCUUUAAUAUCAGUCCCUAUUUACCGUAUCAUCCCGGUGGAAAGGGUGAAUUAUUACGUGGAGCGGGGAAGGACUCUGGGAAGUUGUUCCAGGAGAUUCAUCCUUGGGUGAACUGGGAUGGAAUUCUUGGGGAGUGCAUGGUUGGCAUUUUGGUGUCGGAGAAUGAUGUUCAGGCUGAGAAUGCCCUUGAUGCGAUGGAUUAG